GUGGCAGUGGCUUAAUAAAUCAGCUGAGGGCGAUUGUCGGGGGUUUUGUUGUGGCUUUUGUAUUUAGUAAUUUUCCGAGGAGUCGGUGUUCACUCGCGGAAAUGAUAAGGGCCCCGAGGAGCGGAUUGGAAAAGUUUUGAUCGUGUGUCCAACGGGAGGAGUCGAGCUAGAUCGCUGACCACUCCAGACAAACAUGAAUGGGCCCUUUUACAGGAAAUCGGCACAAACGUGAUUCGAACGUCUCUCCAGAGGAAAAAUCAACUCUCAAAACAUCACAGAUUCGGUUUUUUACGGCGGAAAACAAUAAUCAACUUAAUCGACAUAAAUGGCCAAUAAUUUGACUCCGGAACAACGACAGGCAACAAAAACGUUUCUAGAAGCUGUCAAUAAACUCAGAAGGAAGAGGUCCGGCAAUUCAGCCGCCGUGUCGCCUUCGACGGCGGUCAAGUUCCUGUCAGCCAGGAAAUUUGAAGUAUCGAGGGCGAUAACACUGUUCGAACAGCAUGAACUGACGAGGCAGAGGGAAGGAUUGGUUGAUUUGAAUCCUCAAGAGGAGCCGCUGAAAAGUGAACUUGAUUCUGGGAAAUUUACAAUUUUGCCCACGAGAGAUUCUACUGGCGCUGCGAUCGCUGUUUUUACAGCUAGGAUACACUGUCCACAGACCUCAACCCACCAAACCACAUUGCAGGGUCUGGUUUACCAGUUAGAUGUCGCCUUGGAGAGCGUGGAUACACAAAAGGCCGGAAUUGUUUUCAUAUAUGAUAUGUCAGAUUCCAAAUAUUCGCAUUUCGACUAUGACCUUAGCCAAAAAAUUUUAACUCUUCUAAAGGGCGGAUAUCCAGCCAGAUUGAAAAAAGUGCUUAUAGUAACAGCUCCACUAUGGUUUAAAGCCCCUUUCAAGAUUCUAAGACUGUUCGUGAGAGAGAAACUGAGAGAUAGGGUCUUCACUGUAAGUCUUCCACAGUUAAGCUUACACAUUCCACGAGAAAGCCUUCCAGUGGCUCUGGGAGGGGGUCUACAAGUGGCCCACCAUGCCUGGCUGCUCUAUUGCCAAAUUUCCAUGGCCAAUAAAACUCUCGAUUAUAACCAAUCACAAAACAACCUAGAAAGUUAUGCAGAUUCCCCUGUUGUAUCCGAAGAUGAGGAGAUAAACUCCCAUCCGAACAAUGAAUCCUGGCAGCCUAUUACAGAAUCUGCAGCGUCACCUGUGGCUCCUUCGUCAGCGAGCAGUGGCUUUUCGGAUGAUGACAGCCUACACUGUGAUAGCCCAGGAGGGCAAAGUCUUAUCGAGUUCGUCGAAAAAGUCAGGUCGAAAGGUAAAGCCGGGCUUAGUAUCGAAUAUGCUGAGAUCAAAGCCAGGCCUCCUGAUGGAACUUUCAAUCAUUCCAAGAUGAAACAAAAUCAAGCGAAGAAUAGGUACACAGAUGUACUGUGUUAUGACCACUCCCGUGUUUUACUCUCUGUAAUCGAUGAUGACCCUACUUCUGAUUACAUAAAUGCAAAUUUUGUGGAUGGCUACAAACAAAAAAAUGCAUUUAUUUCUACCCAAGGACCAUUACAUAAAACCUGUGAUGAUUUUUGGAGAAUGGUGUGGGAACAGGGGACUGUGGUUAUAGUGAUGACGACGAGGGUUGUUGAAAGGGCGAGGUAUAAAUGCUGGCAGUAUUGGCCUCCGGAUGCUGGCACGACCCAAACCUACGGCAUCUUCACAGUUCAAACCAUGGCGGUCGAAUCUCAUGCCGAUUUUAUUGUAUCGAUUAUAAGUUUGGUUAAUACCAAAACUGAUGAGAGAAGACACGUUGAACAUUUGCAGUACAUCUCUUGGCCUGAUUACGGUGUACCGGAAAGCGCAGCUGCGGUGCUCAGCUUUCUCCAACUGGUCAGGAGCACUCAGGAAAAGCUGGUGAAUUCGUUGGGUGACACCUGGGCAGGACAUCCUAGGGGGCCACCUGUGGUUGUCCAUUGUUCUGCUGGCAUUGGAAGAACAGGAACAUUUUGCACAUUAGACAUUUGCAUCAGCCGUUUAGACGAAACAGGGAGUGUCGACGUUAGAAGUACUGUUGAGAGAAUACGUGGGCAGAGGGCAUUCUCGAUUCAAAUGCCCGACCAAUACAUAUUCUGCCACCUCGCUCUCAUAGAAUACGCUGUUGCCAAGGGGAUGAUACCUCCCACCGACCUUUUUGUUAACCUGCAAGACCAUGACUCGGACUAGACAAUAAUUGCCUAAUUAAAAACCAAAAACAAAAAAAAUCAGCUUGGGUUGAUCUGUGCGUGACAUA